AUGAAGCAGAGUUUCAUUGAGGCGCCAACGGAGGAGAGCAGCACCGAGGCAGCUGUGGAGCAUGAGGAUCCCGACUUCGAGACCAAGCCGGGGUACAAGUGCAUGAUGUACGCAAAGGCUUGGUGCACCUACCCGGAAGUGAAUCCUGGCGACGAGUAUCGCAAGAACGGAAAGGUGAAGUGCUGCACUGAAAUCGAUCACCAGGAGGCGCCCCGGAAAACGAAUCCGAUGGAUGCCUUUGUCGACGACAACCCUCUGAAAUCGAAGGGAUUUGGAACGAAGGCCCAAUGGAAUGUCCUUGACGAGGAAGCAGAUUCCCGGCAGGAGGAGGACGAGGAGGAAGAGCCCGAAGAGAUGACUCCAACAACCCCGGUCCCCAGGGAUGAGGAGAAGGUGGCCUUGUGCGGAGACUUUGAGUUCCAGUCGGAAACGUUCCUGCGUCGCGGCAAGCCCGUGAGUGUUUGCCGGAACAAAGACACGGGCCGCUUCGCCAAGGCCCUCUGUUGCAAGUAA